AUGGCAACGUCCACCAUCACCGAGACCCUUCACACUGCAGAGGAGAUUCCGCUCAGUGUCUUGCCGCCAAAGGCAGUCCUCAAAGGCAGCCAUGACUCCGAGAAACCUUUUGUAGAUGCGCCGAUUCUCGAACCGGCCAUUGCGAGUGAUGAUUCUGCAGCUCCUGAGGAUGCCUUCGAGGCCAAGGUGAAAUGGAACUCGCCGCCUAUUAACAGAUAUCGUGUCCUUGCAACCUUUUGGGCCUUUUUCGUAUUGGGCAUGAACGAUGGUUCCUAUGGUGCUUUGGUUCCUCAGCUGGAAGAGUAUUACCAUUUGACAUACACAGUCGUCUCACUCAUCUUUCUGUCCCCAUUCGUUGGCUACACCUUGGCCGCAUUGGUCAACAGCCCGCUACAUGUUCGUCUUGGCCAGCGAGGUGUGAGCAUGAUAGCACCGCUAUUUCGUCUCGUCCCGUACCUCGUCAUAACGUUUCAUCCACCGUACCCGGUCCUCGUUGUGAUGUAUAUCCUGGUUGGUUUCGGCAACGGCAUUAUCGACGCAGCCUGGAGCGCUUGGAUCGGCAACAUGGCGAACUCACACGAGAUCUCUGGAGUCUUGCAGGCCUGCUACGCUCUGGGGGCGACGGUAGCCCCCUUGAUUGCCACUUCCAUCAGUUCGCAUGGCCGUGGUGGUUGGUGGACGUUUUACUACAUCAUGGUCAGCGCCUCAGCACUCGAGCUGGGUGCCAGCACAACCGCAUUCUGGACCCAGACAGGUAAAGUGUACCUGAGCGAGAACCCGCACCAAAAGGCCGGCGAGAAUGCCACAUCGGGACGAACACGGGAGGCGCUGAAGAGCAAGUUGACCUGGUUCUUCUCUCUCUUCAUCUUCUUAUACGUCGGUACCGAGGUCUCUAUCGGUGGCUGGAUCGUCGUCUUCAUGACCAAAGUCCGCAACGCUUCUCCGUUCGCCGGCAGUGCCACGGCGACGGGAUUCUGGGGUGGCAUGACGGUUGGGCGCCUGGUGUUGGGUUUCGUCACCUCUCGAGUCGGUGGUUUUCGGGCAAUGCUUCUGUACCUUGGACUGGCCAUUGCCAUCGAGCUCGUCUUUUGGCUUGUUCCCAACAUGGUUGUGACUGCUGUGGCAUCUGCCUUGCUGGGCAUGAUUCUGGGACCCAUGUACCCUACCGCAGUGGUCCUCAUGACCAAAGUCUUGCCUCGCUCCCUCCACAUCAGCGCCAUUGGAUUUGCGACAGCCAUUGGAGGCUCUGGCUCAGCUGCUUUGCCGUUCGCGGUCGGUGCCAUCGCACAGGCAAAGGGUGUCAAGACGCUACAGCCCAUCGUCCUCGCCUCGUGUGUUGUGAUGCUGAUUGUGUGGCUUUUCCUGCAACAGCACCGACCAAAGGACAAGGAGGAGGGCAUCAGCAUUGCCGUGUUCAAGCGGAUAGGCGAGCGGGUCCGAAAGUUGUUCAGCGCAGCUUUGGUUAAUGUCGGCCAUGGGGCUCCAGUCAUGAGCCAUGAACCACCGUCUCCCAAGAGGCGGCACAUUCUUUCAUCCAUCAACCCAGAGCAGUCACCAGAGAAACGCCGAGGAGAGAAUCCACGGACUGCUUCAUCAAAUGACGUCAAGCCAACAACCGAAGAUGGUGAUGACGAUGCAAACAUGGAUGCGACAAAGCCCAGACGGUCGCGGCUGAAGCUCAAGGGCGAGAAGCGUCGUCGCCGCUCUCGCAGCAACGAGCGAGACGAUGAAUCCAGUCGCCAUCGGCAUCAUCACCAUCACCAUCGCCAUCGCCGGCGACGAUACCGCUCCCUCACGCCGCCGAAUCCCCACGAGCCCCCGACUCUUGACCCAGACGCCGCCUUCCGAGAAUCGCUCUUUGAUGCCAUGGCUGAUGACGAGGGUGCCGCUUACUGGGAAAGCGUCUAUGGCCAACCCAUCCACGUCUACUCUGACGACAAGGUCGGACCAGCAGGCGAGCUUGAAAAGAUGACGGAGGAGGAAUACGCAGCCUACGUUCGACAAAAGAUGUGGGAGAAAACCAACGCUGGUCUUGUAGAGGAGCGAGAGCGGCGCGCAGAAGAGCGAAAGAAGAGAAAGGAAGAAGAGCGGCAAAGCCGAAAACUACACGAGGAAAUGGACCGCAGCCGACGCCGAGCAGAAGAACGACGCCGGAGAAGACGCUGGAUCGAUGGAUGGGACGCGUAUACGCAAGCCUGGUCGAAAUGGGAUGGAGCUUUGGACACUCUUGCUUGGCCGGUGUUAGGCGGGCAGCGAAAGGAUGUAAACGAAGAGGCUGUUCGCGAGUUCUUCCUUCACGGCAUAGGCUUAGAGGAUGUUGGAGAGAAGGAAUUUGCUGCGAAGCUAAAGGAGGAACGAGUGCGUUGGCAUCCCGACAAGAUACAGCAAAAACUCGGCGUACAAAGCGGCAGCGACGUUAUCAAGGAUGUAACCGCCAUCUUCCAGGUUGUGGAUAGGCUUUGGGGACAAGCGACGAAGAAGCCUUGA